UCAGGCGCUCUCUCGACAAUGUUCGGCUGUGCUCGGCCCCUGUCCGUCGAAGUAAAUGCUUCAUUCAAGGCCAAUGCAAAGAAACGUCUGCGGUCCCCUCCCAUUGGCCAGUCACACCUCUCGUAUGGGAGGAUCUCGCUGCCUUUAUAAGUGCACAUUGGCUUUCAGCACCUCAGUGUGUCAGUGCGCGUUGGCACCGGGAAAAACACAAAGCGUUAGGGGAGCAAAAACAAAGGGGAAUUUGUCACGUCCUGCAUUCAGUCUCCACGUUAGUGGGAUCGAAGCCGUAAGUACAACACUACCUGCAUGAAAUAGACGGGACCAGACUCUCCUGUCCCACCAAGCAGGAAAAGUCCUCUGAACAUCAGACUGAGCCCAAACUUUGGUUGCCUUUACGCGAUGGACUUUUCGGGCGCACGUCUACAUGAGCGCCACCCGUGCAGUGAUUGAACUGUGAGAAAGAAACUUUGAUUGCAGUGACUUUGUUCGCGACCAAACACUCACAAACUGCAAAGAACAUUUGGCGAAGAAGGAUAUCUGGGAAAUGAAUCAAGCGAAGGAUUGAGAGGACUGUAAAUUGGAAAGAGACAGCGAGGUGAAGCAAGGACACGACAGACUCCAAAUUCAUCGGCUUCCAGUUUCACCCACCGGGGGGCUCUUGGUAUUCAAGUGCGCAUUUGACCUGGGAUAAGUUUUCAGCGAGUAGCAGCAGCAGACGCAAACUGGCAGGUGGACAAGUUCAUUUAUAUGCAUGCGUAUAUUGACACCGCUAUAUAUAAAAGUUGGGAGAGGGGAGUUUCUCCACCCAUCAGCCGGCCCGUACAAUAGCAGCUUCGUACGCCGAGCCGCGCUUGCAAUAUAUAUAUUGGCUAUCUAUAUACCCUUCAAGUAUAUUUAUUUCUCUUCCCAAUCUGCAUUGGAGAGGCGUGCCUGCAGUCGGUUUGGCUGUGAGGACGGAAGCCGUCGCAUGGACUGACAUGGCCAGCGACCUCGCCAUGAGCGCAGAGCUGCCCAACAGCCCUUUGGCCAUCGAAUAUGUCAACGACUUCGACUUAAUGAAGUUCGAGGUCAAAAAGGAGCCCCCGGAGGCUGAACGCUACUGCCACCGCCUCCCGUCUGGCUCCCUCUCCUCCACCCCCAUCAGCACACCCUGCUCCUCAGUGCCUUCUUCGCCCAGCUUCUGCGCCCCGAGCCCCGGUGCGCAGCCCAACCAGAGUCUCUCCAGCGGGGUCCCAAGCACCGGCAGCAGCAGCAGCAGCGGCAACGGCAACCACAACGGGGGGAAGGCUCAGCUGGAGGACCUGUACUGGAUCCCCAGCUACCAGCACCACAUCAGCCCCGAGGCGCUCAAUUUGACCCCAGAGGACGCAGUGGAAGCUCUCAUCGGGAACGCGCAUCAUCAUCACCACCACCUUCACCACCAUCAGUCCUACGAGAGCUUCCGUGGCCAGCAGUACGUAGGAGAAGACCUGUCCACGGCCUCGGCCGGUCACCACCACCAGCCCCAUCACCACCACCAUCACCACCACAACCACCACACCCGUCUGGAGGAGCGCUUCUCUGACGAGCAGCUGGUGAGCAUGACCGUCCGAGAGCUUAACCGGCAGCUGCGCGGCUUCAGCAAGGAGGAGGUGAUCCGCCUCAAGCAGAAGAGGCGCACCCUGAAGAACCGAGGCUACGCACAGUCCUGUCGCUUCAAGCGCGUCCAGCAGAGGCACAUGCUGGAGACCGAGAAGUGCAGCCUUCAGAACCAGGUGGAACAGCUGAAGCAGGACGUGGCGCGCCUUGCGAAGGAGAGGGAUCUUUACAAGGAAAAGUACGAGAAGCUGGCCACCCGGACCUUUAGUGCGCCCGGUGUCCCCCCGAAGUCCAGAGAUCCGUCCGGGAAACAGGCGGAGUUCUUUAUCAUGCAAAUCGUCGUUGUCCACCGUACUGUAAUACAGACAAAACGUGUCAUAUCAAAGACCGCCUACUGCACCGAGAGGAGCCUCAUGUUUUCUGUCAUAAAACUUCUGAGCCCAAAAAAUAGAGUCAUUUAAUCAAUUAACGAGUUUAUGUGUGAUGAUAGUUGAUGCUUUCGCGGGUAAAACUCUAUCAUUAAUUCAUGAUUUGUUUUUCCUUAAAUAUUUUGUAAACGAAAAAAAGUCUAGUAAUUUAUCCUGCUGCCUGGUUGUAUCAAUAAGAUUUAGUGUCUGAUAAUCGGCUUGACCAUGACUUUCCGUCAGUUUCGGCGUUUACUGAUCUUGGAACAAGUCCACAAAUGAUUGUGCUAACAAUAAAACAAUUGUUCGUGUGUUUCAUCUGCCUUGAUAAAUGUAUGUGCAAUUGUGUAGAAAUGUUCGAUUGGCUAGGAAAAUAAAAGGGUUGGUGUUGGAAAAUAUUGGGUCAAUUAAACGUAUAAGAUGAAAAAAAAACACGAAUUCAUUUCAAAAGAAUAUAUUCCUAUUUUUCGGAUGAUUCCCCCCAUCCCCCCAUUUAAUUUAUCCAAUCAACAACCGCCCUUUCCUUAAUUCUUUUCAGGUCUUUUUAAUUAGCAAUCAAAGUCUUAAAAAUCUGAGUCCAAAUCCUGACUUGAUCAAUAUUGGAGCGAUUGAUCGAAAAAGUCAAGAAAUCAAAGUUCUGCACAGUGCUGGUAAUGUAUAUCUGUACAUAUUUUAUAUAUUUAUUCAAUAAACAUGUGCUCUUUUACUGUCGAGAAGUGAAAAGGCAACAAAGUGGAACGUUGUUGAGAAUCAUGUUUUCAUAUCUGAGUCCAAAUCCUGACUUGAUCAA